CUGGAGAAAAAGGGGAGAAAAGAUAAUAAGUGCCGUAGAGUUUAUUCGCGUCAAUACGGUACUAAGCGGUAUUACUAUGGUAUCAGGCAUCACCCUCAAAUAAGCCCCGCGGUGCUAAUUCGCCCAAAUUCGGUACAUUUUCCAUUUUCCCGUUCACGAUUUUGGAAGAACAGUCUCAGUGCCGAGAAAUAGUGCUGCAAGUAAAAUACGUAAUGGUGUCAUUUCGUUGCUGUAACAUUUCUAUGCAUUGCAAACCCUGAUCAUAAAAAGAUUUUCAUCUUUAUCUGAUACAAAUGUGGUGGCAAUUUUUUCAAAUCUUUGUUUAUGGCGACAUAGUUUAUGCUCAAACUUGGGAAGUAUUGACCCUGAAAAACUAUAUCAAGCCACCUUAAAAUGUCAGCCUACGCGCAAAAUUGCCACAGCAUGUUUGUAAAGAUUUUCCAAGUUUCCGCUGACGAGGGAAUGGCUAAAAAAAGCAAAUAUAUCCAGUUUUCAACUCAAUAGCGUUUUUAAAUUGGUGCUUGCGUGGUUAGCGCGCGAAGAGCAAAAUAUCUUGACGCCACAACCAUGUUUACGAUAUUCUCAUGCAAACACACCUCUUGGUUGCUAGUUCCAGGAGUUCAGAUAGGUUUUAGGUUUUAUUUUCCAUGUUUAAUUAACUUCUUAUGUCAGGGGCAGUUGAAUAUUUUUAUAGAAACUGUGCGGUACAGAUUUCUAUUAACAAUAAUAGGGACUUUACGGUCUUACAACGCGAAGGCAAGUCCGGGAAAAGAAAGGAGACAAUUACAGAAAGACUUUCUUGAUGGGACUACGAUUUAGUCUGCAAAGGCACUUUCUAAUGAAAAGAGAUUUUGACAUCAUUAAUGUCGGCGAGUUUUCCAAGUCAAAUCAAGUUUAUGAGGCGACAGUUGUCGAGUUAAAGAGGCAAGGAUUUGGCAGUGUUGAUCACCACAGGCCGACAUCAAAGGAAGAUCUAGAAAAAAUUCAGUCUUGGUGCAAUCCAUCCUCUCCAGAUCCUAAAUCCCUCCAGCAAGUGGCUUGGUUUAAUCUUAUGUUCCACCUAAUUCGCCGCAUGAGAGAAAAUCUCCGUCUUCUUACAAAACAGACGUUUGCCGUGUAG